AUGAGCCUGAUUCAACUGAAAAUCUGGUACGACCCACGAGCAGCGAUCCUGCGAAUACCGCUCUUUCCAAACGGCCUCGGUCAUGCACUACAUGUAAUCGCAGGAAAGUCAGAUGCGACAAACAAAACCCUUGCAACCAUUGCACCCGGCACGGAGUCGUUUGUGUCUUUCCGUCCUUCAAACGUGGCACAUCGAGGCUGA